CUGAUUCCUUUCCUCUCUCUCCACAGGUGAUGGAGACCCGCCAGGUGUUCCCGAGCCCCCGGGUGCGGCUGCUGCUGCUGCUGCUGCUGCUUGUCCCCUGGGGCACCCGCACUGCCUCAGGAGUCGCCCUGCCCCCCGCUGGGGUCCUCAGCCUGCGCACCUCAGGCCGGGCCCGGGCGGAUCCGGCCACUCCUCUGUCGCAGCGGAGCCUGGCGCUGGCGGACGACGCGGCCUUCAGGGAACGCGCGCGGCUAUUGGCGGCCCUCGAGCGCCGCCACUGGCUGAACUCGUACAUGCACAAGCUGCUGGUGCUGGACGCGCCCUGAGCGCCCCACCCGUCCCCACCGUAAUAAAGACCCUGUCGUGAGCUC